CGCAGAGCAAACCAGUGAUGAGUUGCUUUGAGUGAAUGUUUAACUUCAACAACACCCCGGUUCCAUUUAGCCCUCAUUGAGAGGUAGUAGUAAGGCCUCUUGCACGUCAGUACAGUGGACAUAAGGCCAUCUUUAAGAGAGCUUUAGGGACUCACUCGGCUGGGCAGGCUGCAUGCACUGGAAAGGCGUCAACAGUGUCUCUAGCGCCUCUGACUUGUCCGACUGCACCUCCGUCGUGAUUGAAGCUUUCACUGUACCAUCGGGGAAAACUAUAACUAUUAGGCGCCGGGCGCGGUCAUCUCACAGAAUGGUGAUAUCACAUUCGCUGAGACGACAGGUUAGUCGCGGUAUUUACAAUCCAAAUUACCUUGAGGCAGUGGAAACUGUUGGGAUCAACGUGUAUUUACGGGGCCUUGACGCGACCACCAACAAAGGGUUGCUGUUAUAUGUAUUCUAUUUUGUCGCCCCGCGGCCGCGUUUGUAGUGGCGGUGCGGCUUUCCCGACGGAUUACAUCAUGAGGGGGUUCAUCAGCACUGUCUCGUUGGUAGGAUUGGGGGUAAUGUUUAUACCAACAAUUUUGGUCUACUCUUAUCUGGUUCGACUCCGGCUCAAUGCUGGCACAGCUCUACGAUGUUCUGUAGGAACCACGUUGAGCAUAGGAGCUUUUGUACUGUGAUAUCUUGUACAGUAAUCCAUGGGGGAAUUUAAACCCCAAUCGAAUCCAACCAUCGCUGUAUCU